UAAACAAAUUAAAGAAAAUGAAUUCUAAUUUUAGAACUCAAGAGAAUCGAUUUGAGCAACAUGUUUACCAGUGCGAACCAAACAAAAUGUUCUUUAGUUUAAUUUUUGUCGCCAAAUAGUAAGACAGUGGAAAAUAUUAAAAAUUUUGUUUUUAUUUGCUGGUUUGAAAGAAAUUGCAUCAUUAUGAUUUUUCAAAAAUAUAAUUUUCAUAUAGUUGUGUUUGUCGCUUUUAUUUUACAAACCAAUGGAGACAUAAAUUCUUCAAGCGCUAUAAGGCCAACCAUACUUUUAGGGGCUCCAGCCCAUGUUAUAAGUGGUGAACAUAUUUCAUUGGACUUUUAUGCAGCUGUAGAAUUAAGUGAUGGUGCAAAAAAUGAUUUGCAUGAAUUACUUUAUAAUUUUCUAGAGAAUUUGCAGAGAAACCUUUCUACGUCAUCAAUUCUCAAUACGGUGGUGGCCAAACCAAUAGACAUUGAAAUCAGUAGAUAUCAACUAGGAAAACUUAAUGAUCUGGCUGAUUUCUUUCAACAUUCAUCGAAUACUGCGGGACAAUUUGCACAAAAAGCUGAACAUUUUUUUGAAACUUCUAAGAAUGAGAGUCAUUCGUUGCUGCUUAAAUUACGACAAUUGCCAUCGGCACAACGUUUUCUGCCUACUGCUGUGAAAAUGCGAUUAACAGAUUAUUUCGCUGAAAUGGAGUUUUUUCACGUUAUGUUUUCAGAAAUUAUCGAUGAGGCUCUUGAAUACAUUGUGGAUACUUUACGAUCAAUUCAAAGAACAUUUUUACGCUACGCCGAUAUUCAGAGGGAUACAUUACGCACCUGGAAUUUCAAAUCUGACGAAUGGUGCUGUAAUACCUACUUGGAUUUUUUGCAACAAUGGUCGGCACACAUUUUCAAGUGUGCUGCCAGUAGUAAUCUCCAUGUUGCAUACGAUGUUUAUGCCACUACUGAAACAUCCACCAAAUAUAUUAUGCGUCAACUGGAGUUUCGUAUACAACGUUUAUACAAUUGUUUCAUUUUUGGCAACUACGAAUUGAGAUGCCAAUUUCUACGCAAACCAGAAAUUGAUUUUGAAAAACUUUUCGCUAAACUUGACGAAUUGCAACAAUAUUUCGAUAUAAAAAUAAAGGGAGGACGUGUUACAGAUGAUCGUUCUGGUCGAAGUCGACGUCAGCAGGAUGAAACUAAGAACAUCUACGACAAAUGCAUACCAUAUGGAUUUCCAGAUAUCCAAAUGACAACUAGUUUAAAAACAUGUUUUUAUUUUCCAAAUUCAAAUAAAGUUUAAAGAAAAUGUUCAUAUUAAAGGAAACAACCAGCUUGUGACCUAAAACGUUAUAUCUAAUGUUUUCUCGUUAUAUCCUAAUAUAUAUGUAUUUAUGUAUGAAUGUAUUGUGUUUAAAUAAUGAAAUAAUAAAUUCAAAUUCAUCAGUACAUAAGUUGCAAAAAAUAAAUAUAAACAA